AUGAAUCAAUUUAAACGAAAACUCAGUUCUGAUGAUUUGUCAGAAAAAAAAACAACAAAGAAAUUACGCAAUGAAUUUGAUCAAUUUAUGACUUGUUUUGAAGAUCUAUCAAAUAAAUUAUUAUUUGAAAUAUUUGAUUAUCUUGAUGGAUAUGGAUUAUAUGAAGCAUUCUUAAAUCUUAAUUCUCGAUUUGAACAACUUUAUUCUUCAUCUGUCUUGUUUAAAAGUCGUUGUUGUUUGAUUCAACUUGAUGAAGUCUUUAACAUAUUUAAACAAUUUAGUAAAAGAUGGUAUGAUGAUACUGAAGAUAAUAUUAUUAACCAUUAUGUUAAACAUUCUACAUUUACUAAUUUGACAUUCGAAUGUAUUCCUAGUUCUAUGUUCGAAGAAGUGAUACCCAAAGAAAUUGAACGUGUUUUAACAAUAUCAAAUAUUUAUCACUUAGAAAUUCCCGCAAAAAAAGUCUCAAUUCCUGCAUUGAUUCAAGCUGUCAAUUUAUUACCCAACAUAACUACAUUAAAAGUUCAUUCAUUAUCAACAGACGAAACAACAGAAUUAACUCUUAAACAACUUCUUAUUUUAUGUUCAAUAAAAGAAACAAGUAAAAUUACCAAGGUCUAUCUUGAAGAGAUUGAUGAUGUUAAAGAACUUGAUUUUCUUUUCACGUUUUGUCCUUGUAUGGAUUAUUUUAAAGUUAGAUGUAUAAAUACGAUGGAUGUUCAAUCGUUCUUACCUACUAUUUUCAAGAAAAUUAAGCAAAAUAAUAAUCAUCAUCUUCGUUCAUUAUGUUUUCCUGUUCAAACAGUAGAUGAACAGAUAGUUAAAAAUAUUGAACGAAUGAUCAAUGGUGAAAAACCACUUUCUAAUUUUCGAGUCAAACGUAUACUAGAUACUGUCUAUUUACGAUGGAAAUAA